AUGAUAAGAAAGCGGAUGGUGACACAUGACCCCAGGGAGACUCACUCUUUCUGUACAGAAAGUGAUAUUAUAAGCAGAGAAGACGACAAGAAGAAAGUCAUUGACAUGCUACUCAGCAGCACUUCUGUUGAGAAAAAUGUAUCCGUUAUUAGCAUUGUUGGAAUUGGAGGGCUGGGUAAAACUAGUCUUGCCCAAUUAGUUUAUAAUGAUGCAAUGAUCCAGACUGAAUUCCCUUUGAGAAUGUGGGUUUGUGUUUCUGAUGAUUUCAAUGUUGGGACGCUUCUUCAACAAAUUAUUGCAGAUGCAAAAAAUCAACACUUGAGGAAUGACAGGCAAAAACUGAAUAUGACUAUGGACCAACUCCAGAGUAAUCUCAGGGAAGUACUUAAUGGGGAGAAAUAUCUCCUUGUUUUAGAUGAUAUUUGGAACGAAGACUACUGUAAAUGGGUUGAUUUGAGUGUUUUGUUGGAAAUAGUGACUACUCGCUCUAAUGGGGUGGCGAAUAUUGUAGGAAGCCGUAAGAUUCAUGAACUGGGAGGCCUCUCUGAAGAUGACUCUUGGAAGUUGUUUGAAAGAAUUGCAUUUGAAGGUGAGAACAAUCAAAAUGAAGAUGAUUUGGUUAAAAUCGGGAAAGAGAUUAUUUGCAAGUGCAAAAACGUUCCACUUGCCAUACGGGUUGUUGGAAGUCUUCUUCGAGGUCAAGAUACACGUACAUGGGAAUAUAUAAAAAACACUGAUUUGGUAAACAUAAAACAAGAUGAUAAUGGAAUACUACCUGUGUUGAAAAUCAGUUAUUAUCAUCUUCCGUUUCAUUUGAAGAGCUGCUUCAAGUAUUGUGCUGUUUUUCCCAAGGUUAUGAAGGAUGAUUUGAUUCAUAUCUGGAUGGCAUUAGGUUUUGUUAUGCCUUUGGAUGGAGAGAGUCUUGAGGAUGCUGGCACUGAAAUCUUGUCAUCCAAAAACAGCACAAGUCAUUUAAUUGAGAAAACUCGUCACUCUUUUAUUGAUCGUAAUACAAUCGUAGGAAGUGAUGAUAUUAUAGUCCCGAGUAUGAUUGGUCAAUUGAUGCAUCUAAGAUAUCUUGACCUCUUAGAGAAUAUAUUCCUCACCAUGUUGCCGGAAUCCAUUACUAAGCUUUACAACCUGCAAACAUUGAAGCUACGUGAUUGUUCGAGACUGAAAACAUUGCCAAGAGACUUGAGCAAAUUAGUUAAUCUCAGGGACUUGGACAUAUUUGACUGCAAAAGUUUGAGAUAUAUGCCUCCAGGGAUGAAUAAAAUGACAUCCUUGCAUAAGUUAACAAGGAAAUUUGUCAGGUAUGAUGCAUUUGAAGCUAAGAUAUGUGGAAAUCUGUUGAGCAAGCAUCUCAGGAAAAUCGAGAUUAUUUGGCGAGAUGACAACGAUGAUAGUGAAGAGAAUACUAAUGCAAAGUUGUUUGGAUUGAGGAACUUGAAAUAUGUAGACAAAUGUAACAUUAGUGAAAAUGGGGCUCCUACGACAUCGGGAAAUACAGAGAAGUUGGUAUUCUUUCCAUCCCUUGAAGAGAUUUGGCUGCACGAUCUGCCAAAAUUAAAGGGGUGGGUGGAAGACAACAUCAGAAUCAGAUUCAGGGAAGGUGGAAGCUCAAUAUAA